AUGACGACCAAAGUUAUUCUGGAUCUUGUUUCUCAAUUUAAGGCCGACAAUGAGAAAGCAUUUUGUAUAUUAAUGUCAGCAGUAAAGGGGCUUACUGAAAAGGUCGAGUCUCUCCAACAAGACAAUUUUAAUCUCAAGGCAGAUUUAAAUGCCCUUCGCAAAGAAAUCUCUUAUAGUAAACCAAAUUUUAUAAAUGAUUCAAUCGAUGAUCGCCUUGCUGUCCACAAAGAAUACGGCAUUUUUACUGGCAUGGACUUCCCUGUCAGAUUUCAGUUUGAACCAAAAAAACCGGAUGGUCAAAAGAUGAAAUUUAGCUGGGCUAUUUACCACCAACUUAUUAAAGACGUCCUUGGACCAGCUUCCUCUAAACUGCUGGAUAGUGGCAUAGAAGCUUGCACAAAGAGUGUUAAGGAUGGAAGGCUGAUCUGUGUGGUUAAAGAAAUAGUGUGUAAAGAACAUGAUAUUCCUUUAUCUACUAUGUGGGGAGCCCUCUCAGCUGAGGCGCAGAACAGCGCGAUUCUUCAUUUAGAGGAAAUGUCCUCUCCCCAUUUGCCACUACGUGUAUGCAUUAGCAACUGGGGCGCUAAGCUUCUCUUAAGCAAGUACUGGAAUUACGAGCCAAGAACCGCCAAAAAAGUCUAUAGCGAGACCAACGCAUCUACUACUUCACCCAACGAAGGUAUAUGUACAUUAUGCAUGCAAGUACAACGAUGGCCUAUUAAGUCUAAUAUAGCCUAUUUAGAACCAAUUUCUGUUUAUAAUACCACCUCCUACCUGCCACAGUACCCACAUAUUAGCAAUGAUGUUGACGUGUAUAUGGAGGUUAUGCAACACAACUUUGACCAGGGAGAACAUCCGUUAAAUUAUCCUGCAAACGACUUGUUAGAGCAUGUACAAAAGAAAAAGAGAGAAAAUCCGCUGGUAACGUACAGUGGUAAGUUCCAUUGGGUCUUCAAAUUGUACUGCACUAAACCUGUCGCAUUUGAAACAGAAUAUGAUUUACCACAUCCAAUAGCUGCCCCUACUCGAAAACAGCGUUCAGACAAGGGAAAAAAACGUGGGGCCAACAAAUGUAUUCAAGCCUAA